AUGCUGUCUCGCACAGUAUCUAUGAAAUGUGUCCGGGAGUUUUGUCAGGUUACAGGCACGGAUGAAGAAACUGCUCGCUCAUUUCUGUCAGCUUGUAAUGAUGAUUUGGAUUUAGCUGUGAGUCUAUAUAUGGAUGACCCUAGUAGAGUUCCAUCUCACAGUACUACAGAGGAAUAUCGUUCCCCCAUCCCUCAAAGAAAUGAGCAGCUACUGCCUGCAGUUGUGCCACUUCUGCCUACUCAUUUGCAAAACCCAGCUCCACUUCAAAAGCGUCGACGAGCAUUCGUGGCCGAUGAUUCCGAUGACAGUUCAGGCGAUGAUGUUAUCCUGACAAGUGAGCGUUCAUCGAAACCACGAUAUGAGCCUAAUUCAUCAUCAUCAAAUACAGAAGGCGUUAGCUCUGGUUCAUCUUCAGUCGCUCGUUCAUGUGGUCAUGUCAAUGGAGCAAAGGAUGAUACAACACAAAAGAAAAAGAGACACCUACAGCAACUUUAUCAACCUCCUGUUGAAUUAUUGUUCAGUGGAUCGUUAAAUGCUGCUGCAAUAGCUGCUCAAGAGAAACAUCAAUGGUUGCUUGUUAGUGUCCACGAUGAAGGGUGUUUUGAGUGUCAUUUGUUAAACCGUGAUGUUUGGAAGGAUCCAAAAGUCUAUCAGCUGGUCAAAUACCACUGUACAUUCCUCCAAUUAACCUACCAUGAAUACUAG